CACUGUCGUUGCGAUGCGUGGACAGGUAACAGAAAGAAGACGAAGCUCCUCCUUUCCCAGCAGCUGCAGCCGAGACAAACAAAAAUGGCGAGAUCCUCCUCCUUCCUCUCUCCUCACACUUCCCUCGUCUUCGUAUGCCCUGCCAUCGCCAUGUAUCUAAUCCCUCUCCAUAAACCCUAACCUCUUUCUCCCCUCUCUCCGAAUUUCCCCGGAUUUCCCCCCUCCCAUCUGUUCUCUCACGCCACCGACGACGACUCGAUCUCGGUUCCUGAACUGCUCAAGCAAUGGCGGAGAUGGCGAAGGUGCUGUACAUAGUGGUGGUCGAUGAGGAGGAGAGGAGAGACAAGGGGAGAGGCUCGUUUCGGUACACGCGUCCGGUUCUGCAGGGCACUCUGCAGCUCAUGGGAUGUAAGGCUCGUCAUGCUUUCAAGAUAAGCAGAAGGGUCUUUGAAAUUAUAACAAAUGCCCCUUCAAUUGAUACUCGAAUCUUAAAGGAAGAAGAUAGGACAGGCGUUGAUGCUUCCAGACAAAAAUUAGAGAAGAGUGAUGUUCCGAGGACAUUUCCUUCUGAGAAAAAUGGCAAAGAUAGAAGUGUGCCAUUCGAACUGUACAAGCGGCGUACAACUUUGUUUGUUAGAAGAGGAACCUUCUUAGAUGUUGUUUGUGAUGCUCUGGCUGAAUACAAAUAUGUGGGCCCUAACCAGAGGGCAGACCUUGUUUUGGCGUGCAGGUAAGUUACCAAAUAUUGCUUUACAGACUUACUUCAUAUUUGCCCUUUAGUGAUGUUGUCCGUGAACUGUACUCCAGCUUGUUGACUCCUACACGAAGUGUUGGUCUUUUGUUUGCUAGUACAAUGCAAGCAUGAACAAGGAACUGUUGUUGAAUGUUAUUCUAGGUCUAUAUAGUAAAAUACUAUGGAUCGUACAUCAUACUAGUGACGCAUACCUUAGAUCGAUUUAUGUUUCGUUGCAGAAUUCGAGAAAAGAAGGAGUCUGUAACUGUGCUUUUGUGCGGCACCAGUGGAUGUGGCAAAUCUACCUUGUCUGCGUUGCUGGUAUUGCAGCUUGUUUGAAUCUAUGAUAUUUGCUUUUGGUGCUGUUUGGAACCCCCUCUUAUUGGGAUUCCUUGUGAGCUGUUGAACUGGGAAGACAUACCAGUUACAGGAGCUGAUUUACAUAUCUUUGUUCUGUGCAGGGUAGUAGAUUAGGGAUUACCACCGUUGUAUCCACAGACUCAAUUCGUCACAUGAUGAGGAGUUUUGUGGAUGAAAAGGAAAAUCCGCUUCUUUGGGCAUCGACGUAUCAUGCAGGAGAAUAUUUGGAUCCUGAGGCUGUUGCUGAAGCAAAAGCUAGGAGGAGAGAGAGAAAAUUAGCCCGCAUUGCAAAAGCACGUCCCAAGGAAGAACCAGCUGAUGGUUCUACUGCAGGAAAACCCGAUAGUAGUCAAGUCCCGGAAGGGGCGAUUAGCCCAAAACAAAUGGCUAUUGAAGGCUUCAAAGCACAAAGUGAAAUGGUGAUUGACAGUCUUGAUCGCCUGAUCACUGCUUGGGAAGACAGGAAGGAAUCUGUAGUCGUUGAGGGUGUACACUUGAGCCUGAAUUUUGUGAUGGGGCUUAUGAAGAAACAUCCUUCAAUCAUCCCUUUCAUGAUAUACAUCACAAAUGAAGAUAAACACUUGGAGAGGUUCGCCGUUCGUGCAAAGUAUAUGACAUUGGACCCUGCUAAAAACAAAUAUGUAAAGUACAUCAGAAACAUCAGGACAAUCCAGGAUUACCUCUGCAAGCGAGCUGACAAACACCUCGUCCCCAAAAUAAACAACACGAAUGUUGACAAGAGUGUGGCUGCAAUCCAUGCAACAGUCUUUGGGUGCCUCAGAAGACGCGAGGCAGGGGAGCAUCCCUACGAUCCAACUACUAAUACGGUAUCUGUUAUUGAUGAGGAGUAUAGGAACCAAUGUGCUGCAAAUUCACUGAGCUCGAAGGGAAUGUUUCAGCUUAUUCAGAGGCAGGGUUCUUCCAGACAUCUGAUGGCGCUUCUUAAUACCGAUGGAUCAGUGGCAAAAGCUUGGCCUGUAGGUCCAGUGGAUAAGAACGGGAAGCCUCUUGUAGGUCAUGGGGCUGAAAAUGGGAUAGGUGUUCCUAUGUAUGGUCCGUUGCAAAUCGGAAAGGCUGAACCGGUGAAUCUGCAGUUUGGCCACUUUGGGAUCAGUGCUUGGCCCAGUGAUGGUGGGACGAGUCAUGCAGGGAGCGUGGAUGAGUCGAGGGCUGAUGGGACCGACACAGGAAGCAAAUACCAUUCUUCGUGCUGCAGCUCGCCGAGGACUUCGGAUGGACCAGCCAAGGAGCUUAAGGAGGAGAACUCGGUGCAUGGCAGCGAUGAAGAAGUGGAUGAUGACGCACCUGAAGUGGAUAGUAAUGAAGACCUUAGUGAUGACGAGGACAAACUUGCUCAUGAAGAGAUUGGUUCGGUGGAUGAAGAGUCCACGAAGUCCGACGAGGAGUACGAUGACCUGGCAAUGGAAGACAUGCAAGACAACGGGUACAGGACAGACGCGGAGGACGAGGUUGAGGACAAGGUAAAGCCGAUAGAUGGUCCGAAGGCGGACAAGUACCGGCAGAACUUGGACCGGUUCCUUCGAAGUAGGAGCGAGCGGUUGGGCGAGCCAUUGUGCUCUUACCCUUCCCUCUUGGGAGAGAACGGCGGGAGUAGAGAGGUGCUGCGUACAAGACGUCGCCGUUCACUCAGCAUUGGGGCCAUCAUCGCUGGGAAGCCUGGUUCUGAGGCGGUUAAUGGUGCCAUUCUGUCUGGGGCUCCCCUGAGUUAGUCGUAGUUGGGCAAGGGUUUGUGAGCUCUGUGAAGCUGUGUUCUAUUUUUGUGCGCUUUAAUGUUCUUUUGGGCUGGAGGAGUAAGUUAGGAGAUUGGGUAGUUAUGUCAAGUCUGUGUGUAAUCUGUAUAGAGGGUUUUGACAAUGACUGGGAAUCAUAUUUCAGCCACCGCCUUUUGUUUUAGUUUAUCCUCUGUUGUAUUGUUCUGUCGAAGCUAUAAAGAUUUGAGUCCAUGAG